UAGCGUGCGUCGAGUGUGUCUCCAUUUCCUGAAGUUGAAAUCAGUAAAAAAAAUAAAUAAAGAGCAUAAACUCAGUGAGAGCCGGUUAACCCCCGAGUGGUGAAUUUCAUCGAUUCGUGGACGUUGUGAUUGGCUUAAUUUUCAUCUCAAAUUGUGCAAUUGUCGCCUUUUCCCGUUGAAGUGAGAGGUGACACGGGCGUAUACACAGGUAGUCACGGCCGGCGGCCAUUAUUGUUGUCAAUAUGGCGGGCAAGGGAGGUCUCGCUACUGAUUGAUCGUCAGAUACACGAGAGUGUCGACUUCCGUUUAGUCCGUGAAGAAGCUGAAGAUUUUUUUUUUUUUUGAGAGACAGAAAUUUUGAGGGAACUUUAACGAUUUGUGGGGGCUUCUUCACGGGUACUGGCACGACAUAUUGAAAACGGGAAUAAAUCGAUAUAUACGAGGGAAACUAGUUGAAGAAAGAAGAAUCUUCGAUUGUCAUCGUUAAACAUCGGAUAUAAAAAUGUCGCGGCGAAAGAACCCAAAGAGGAAAGGAGACAACUUGGAUGAUUUGAAACAGGAGUUGGAUAUUGAUUUUCAUAAAAUCUCACCUGAGGAACUCUAUCAGAGAUUUCAAACUCAUCCAGAGAACGGCCUUAGCCAUGCGAAAGCGAAAGAAAAUUUGGAGCGUGAUGGCCCAAAUGCCCUGACACCACCGAAAACCACCCCAGAAUGGGUUAAAUUCUGCAAAAAUUUAUUCGGCGGUUUUGCCCUACUACUGUGGAUCGGUGCUAUUCUAUGUUUCAUUGCGUACUCGAUUCAAGCAUCAACGAGCGAGGAUCCCAAUGAUGACAAUCUCUAUCUUGGCAUUGUACUUGCCGUAGUUGUGAUAGUAACGGGUAUAUUCUCGUACUAUCAGGAGAGCAAAUCGAGUAAAAUCAUGGAAUCAUUCAAGAAUAUGGUCCCUCAAUUUGCAACUGUUCUCAGAGAGGGUGAGAAAUUAACUCUCAAAGCUGAGGAUCUUGUUCUCGGUGAUGUUGUUGAGGUUAAAUUUGGUGAUCGUAUACCAGCUGACAUAAGAAUCAUUGAAUCACGAGGAUUUAAAGUUGAUAACAGCUCGUUGACAGGUGAAUCAGAGCCACAAUCAAGAUCACCAGAAUUCACCAAUGAUAAUCCACUUGAAACUAAAAAUCUCGCAUUCUUUUCAACCAAUGCUGUUGAAGGUACAGCCAAAGGUGUUGUAAUAUGCUGUGGUGAUCAAACUGUUAUGGGAAGAAUUGCUGGUUUAGCGUCCGGUCUUGAUACCGGUGAAACACCAAUAGCCAAGGAAAUUCAUCAUUUCAUUCAUUUAAUCACUGGUGUUGCUGUUUUUCUCGGUGUUACAUUCUUCAUUAUCGCUUUUAUUCUUGGUUAUCACUGGUUGGAUGCUGUUAUAUUCCUCAUUGGUAUUAUUGUUGCCAAUGUACCGGAGGGACUUCUUGCUACAGUGACAGUAUGUUUGACCCUAACUGCUAAGAGAAUGGCAUCGAAAAAUUGUUUAGUCAAGAAUCUGGAAGCUGUUGAGACACUUGGCUCGACAUCAACAAUAUGCUCUGAUAAAACUGGUACACUUACCCAAAAUCGUAUGACUGUUGCACACAUGUGGUUCGACAAUCAAAUUAUCGAGGCUGAUACUACUGAAGAUCAGUCUGGUGUGCAGUACGAUCGUACGAGCCCUGGAUUCAAAGCACUUGCUAAAAUUGCAACACUCUGCAAUCGUGCCGAAUUCAAACCUGGUCAGGAGGGUGAGCCAAUACUUAAACGUGAAGUCAAUGGUGAUGCAUCAGAGGCUGCACUCCUCAAGUGUAUGGAACUUGCACUUGGUGAUGUCAUGGGAAUCAGAAAGAGAAAUAAAAAAGUAUGCGAAGUGCCAUUCAACUCGACCAACAAAUAUCAAGUAUCGAUUCAUGAAUCAGAUGAUCCCAAUGAUCCUCGACAUCUUCUUGUUAUGAAAGGUGCACCAGAAAGAAUUCUCGACAGAUGUUCAACAAUUUUCAUCGGUGGAAAGGAAAAAGUCCUCGACGAAGAGAUGAAAGAAGCAUUUAAUAAUGCUUAUCUUGAAUUAGGUGGUCUUGGUGAACGUGUACUUGGUUUUUGUGAUUAUAUUCUACCAACAGAUAAAUAUCCAGUUGGCUUUAAAUUCAACAGCGAUGAUCCAAAUUUUCCAACUGAGGGUCUUAGAUUUGUUGGCCUCAUGUCCAUGAUUGAUCCACCACGUGCUGCUGUACCAGAUGCCGUUGCCAAGUGUCGUUCAGCCGGAAUCAAAGUUAUCAUGGUUACCGGUGAUCAUCCAAUCACUGCCAAAGCCAUUGCCAAAUCAGUUGGUAUUAUAUCAGAGGGUAAUGAAACUAUUGAUGAUAUUGCACAGAGAUUGAAUAUACCAGUAUCAGAGGUGAAUCCGAGAGAAGCUAAAGCUGCUGUUGUUCAUGGUACUGAUCUCAGGGAUACUAGUAGUAGUCAACUUGAUGAUAUCUUGAGGUAUCAUACCGAAAUUGUGUUCGCUCGUACAUCACCACAACAAAAACUCAUUAUUGUUGAGGGCUGCCAGAGGAUGGGAGCCAUUGUUGCUGUUACUGGCGAUGGUGUUAACGAUUCACCAGCCCUCAAGAAAGCUGACAUUGGUGUUGCCAUGGGUAUCGCUGGCUCAGAUGUCUCAAAACAGGCAGCUGACAUGAUUCUCCUUGAUGAUAACUUUGCAUCAAUCGUCACUGGUGUCGAAGAAGGACGACUUAUCUUCGAUAAUCUGAAAAAAUCCAUAGCCUACACCUUGACCUCAAACAUCCCUGAGAUCUCACCCUUCCUGGCAUUCAUUCUGUGCGACAUUCCGUUACCACUGGGUACCGUCACCAUUUUGUGCAUCGAUUUGGGAACUGACAUGGUACCCGCCAUCUCGCUAGCCUAUGAGGAGGCUGAGAGUGAUAUUAUGAAGCGACAACCACGAAACCCCUUCAGUGACAAGCUUGUUAAUGAAAGGCUCAUCUCCAUGGCGUACGGACAGAUCGGUAUGAUCCAGGCCGCCGCUGGUUUCUUCGUGUACUUCGUCAUCAUGGCUGAAAAUGGAUUCCUACCUACGUAUCUUUUCGGUAUCCGAAAGCACUGGGACUCCAAAGCUAUCAAUGAUCUGACUGACAGUUAUGGACAGGAAUGGACGUACAGAGAUCGUAAAUCUCUCGAGUUCACCUGUCACACCGCCUUCUUCGUGUCCAUUGUCAUUGUACAAUGGGCUGAUUUAAUUGUCUGUAAGACUCGUAGAAAUUCAAUCGUUCACCAGGGAAUGAGGAACUGGGCGCUCAACUUCGGUAUUGUCUUUGAAACAGCUCUCGCUGCUUUCCUCAGUUAUACACCUGGUAUGGAUAAGGGACUUCGUAUGUUUCCACUCAAAUUUGUCUGGUGGCUUCCAGCCCUUCCCUUCAUGCUCGCCAUCUUCAUCUACGACGAGACGAGACGAUUCUAUCUGCGCAGAAAUCCUGGUGGCUGGCUCGAGCAAGAAACUUACUACUAAAUUCUCCACCUCUGCCCUCCCCCCUCCCCCGUCCCCCAAUAAUAACAGCGAAGCGCAUACCCACGCAAAAACACAAUUCGAUGAUAAAUCGAUCGAUAAAAUUUAUGAGACGAUAAAACCCACGAAAACUGAAAAUUAAAAAGUAAAUAUAAUAAAAAAAAAUGCGAAUUAAAACCAUUGAGGGCGUGCUUGCAAAUCAGGAUCAGUAACCACUCAUUGUAAUUAGUGCUGAUUGUAAUGAAUAUUGGAGGCUGGAGUGUGCUUCGUUGGCUAAAUAAUCCCUGUGAGGAAGUUUACUUAUCGACCAGAUGAUACUAAUCCCUUGAUCAUUGGUCACGUCAGAGAUAAUGAAUAGAGCCUCGUUAAGAAUGUGUCACUGCCCAAUAAUUGAAAAUAACGCCUGGGAUUUGGCUGAUGGAGCUGAUAAAAUAUAUCCAGCCAUUUGAUUAAUAGAAAAUAUUAAAAUCAUUAGACAGAGUGUGGACAGAUGGGCCUAAAAGAAAUUAACUAAAAUUAUAAAUAGGUGAGACGAGCCAGUAUGAACGAAUUAUGUUGAAUAAUGAGAAUGAUUAUUUAAAAUGAAUAAUUCGAGGUAGAUUAAUCUGUUGAAUUUUAAAGAGAAAUAAAUUAUUUAAUCGAGGUAAUUGGCGGUGUCUUGUGAUACUCAACUCGAUAAUCUGUUGAAUUAGAUUAUUUCAUUCGAUAAAAAAUUUGGGAAAAAAAUGUUUAACAUGAUCUAGGGACAUUUAAUGAAUGGAUGCUAAUUAGAUGAAUACAGGCAGGACAGAUGUAUCCAAUGACCAUGAUUAUUUAUCCUCGCUAGUGGCACGCCCUAGGAGUGAGCGAAGAAAGUCGUCAACAAUAAUAAACAAUUAAUUGGGAUGAGUUUUUCAACACGUAAUCGUUGAGAAAAUUUUCGAUGUCUCAAUUAGAUCGCAAAGUAUUCAUUUACAAAAUGACGGUAAGCAAAAUUCAAAUUUAUUUCAAUUGCUUAUUUCCUUGAAUAUCUCUGAAUCGGUGGAGGGUAUCGAUGUUUAUUCUAAAAAUAUUAUUUGUAGAUAAAUUUUCUCAACUGCAAAAAAACAUCUUGAUUUAAAUCUCGAUAUCCACCUCAAAUCUGGAGAUAUGAAUGAAAAAUCGGCAUUGAAAAUAAUAUUGAAUGAAUUUUCAAUUAUGUUUUUCUUUUAUUUUUCUCCAUGAGAUGUCAGAAUACUUCUAGGUACUUUUUCAAAGGGAAUUUUUUCAAUUACAAAAGAAAAUAACGAAACGUCUGAGUCUUCACCAAAAAUAAAAAUAAAAACAUCCAUGAAAUAACGAGGGGAAGUACAAGAACCAGUAGAAAAAUAAAAAUUGAUCAAAAACCACUAGUUUAUCAAUAAAUUGAAAUAAAUAUUUUUGAAUGAUUUCUCGAUAAAUGCGAAAAAACAUUCUUAAUCCGAACAUCAACUGCAGACCGAAUAAAGAUUAUAAUAACAGAUGGGAGUAAAUAGUGCACGCGACGAGUAGAUGUAGAAGCGAGGAAGAUUUAAAAAAUGUAAUGAAAUGAAAAAAAAAAAUAAUAAUUCUACGAGCUAUAGCUGGUGAAUGGAAGUAAUGCAUUCUCACGUAGGGAAAAUGAAAUAAUAAAUAUAAUAAAGAGUAAAUAAAUGAAAUGCAUUCAUUCUCUUAGGUUUUUUCAUAGUUCUAAACGAGUGAGAGAGUUCAACCCCCGGCGCGAAUGCCCUGUGAAUCCCCCCCCCCCUUCCCCAUGACUUCAAUAUUGUUUUUUUUUUUGGUUUUUAGAGAGAACUUUAGGGACUCGAGGUGGGAAAUUGAUGACGUUACAAAUAUACGCCCAAAGUGUUCAUUAUUAAAUUGUGAAAAUAUAUAACACUUGAUUUAACAUCUUGACACUCUUCUUCGCUCAUUCAUUACACUGUUAGAGGAGACGUGAAAUUUCGGGGACGUUUGAAGGAAAAUAAUUGUGAAAUUUCGGAAUUUGCACUGAUGAUUCGAUUAAAUUCCCGGACAUUAUCUGGAUUUUGUAUUUUCAGAAGUGAAAGUCCUUGAAAUUUUACAAUCUGAUAAAAAUUAUCCAUAAAUGCGCCGGAAAUUUCACCAAAUUUUUACCAGUAUCAGCAACAACAUGACAGAUGCCAUUUUACAAUGAAUAAAUGCACAAGAAAAUACAGAACAUAUACAGUAUUUUGAGGGCUCCUCGAGACAAUUCAACAAUUUAUUUUCAGUUUUCCUUGGGAGAGAUGUGUUUAGCGUGGGAUGUACAGGAUUUUUUAAUGAAUUAUACAAAUAAAUAAAUAAUUUAUGGGUGACGACAGGGUGUUACGUGCCGGGGACUGUAGGAGCCCAAUAUAACGAAAAUUACGAAAAAAAAAAUUAUAAAAACAUGAUAAAAGACGAAAAAAACAUUAUGAAAAUAACAAAAAAAUGCUUUGCCGUCGUGCGCCGCCUCACUUUAGGCUAAUAAUUUAAUUAUUAAAAGGUAAUAUUAAUGAUUAUUGAUAUAAUACAUGUUAUUAUAAGAUAUUACUAGAUGUAAUUAUUAUGUAUGGUUUAGUUUAGAUCGUGUUGUUGAGAAAAAAAAACAAAGUAUGCGUAAGAUAAUUGGAGAUUAAUUGGAGAGAUGGGUUUGAGGUGAUUCAGUGGCUGGAGAGGUGUCAGUGGGGGGUGAUAAUUUUUACAUUGUCUGUGUUCUAGAGAUCAUUCAUUAAUAAAUGUCGAUAAUUUAUACUGGGGUGAAUUUAUUAGUGAUUUUUGGGGAAAAUCAAUGAGGGAUACCAAAUGUGAGGGAAUUUCGAGUUGAGUUUUUAGUGAAUAUCUUUGAAUUUAUGGGAGAUGAAGAGAUUUAUGUGGAAAUACUUUUUCUGCAGAAUUUCGCAAACUACAAAAAAGUUUUUCACAAAAAAUAUCGGAACCGUCCUUCAAUUCCAAGAUAUUUACGAAAAAUUUCUGUUGAAAAAUUAAAUUUUCAAUUGCAAUUCCCUCAUUUCCCCCUAAAAUCCAAAUUCCCCCACUUGUCCAGACCCUUCACAACCCCCUCGCCCUAGCCACCCCCAGAAUUUCAAAUCACAAAUCACCCCUCACUGCGCCCAGCACCCCGAAUCCCCGAAGAAAAAAAAACGAAAAAAAAACAAAUUGAAUAAUGUUUUAUUAAUACUGUAAAUAUUUUAAAUAAUAGAAAAAAAUGAACGACAAAUGGAUGAAACAAAGAUGAAUUAAAAAAAUGCGUACGUGACUGGAGAUAAAUCACGUCUGACGAGGGCAAUUGGGGAUGAUUUGCCCAAUAAUUCUGUUCUGAAAUUUCACGCAAUUGAUCCCUCUCCACCCCUACCCCCUGUUGUCCCCUUCCCGUCCAAAAAAAAAAUGAAAGAAAUCCUUCGUUCGCUCUUUCGUUGAUAAGCAGUCACAUUAAUUAACGAACACUCGAUAAAAUAACUGAACCACAUUUUAUCGACACGACAAUGAGAGAACCAAUGAAAAGAAAAAUGAAAAGAGAAAAAAAAAAUUGUAAUUCACUCGCGAGCUUCCGCUGGUAAAUCGAUUGGACCCCAUUCACAAUCCGCUCAUGGCUACAAUCAACGUGAUGAUGAAUAUUAUUGAUAAAAGUACACAUGCAUUACAGUCCACAAGCGAAUUAAUUGCGAUGAACAAAUAACACGUGCUCACUCUGCUCUAAAUGAAUAACUAAAAAAAAUCCACUUGUAACUGUAACAUCCCUGUUUCUGAUUGACAAUUCCUUUCGUAUUGAAUUAAUUAAUUGAUAAGUCUUUUUGUUUUCACGAUGAAGUAAAUAACAUUAAGGAGGAAAGAAAAAUGAAUAAAAUGAUGAAAAAAAUAAUAAAAUACAAAAAUGAGAGACAUUGUCCAACCCAAGUGUCAUUACUUUUGAUGUUAAAUAAAAAAUACAUAAUUAAUAA